AUGACAACAAUCGAAGAAAUAAGGAAGGAACUGGAAAAGGCUGAGGAGAGAUUUAGAAAGGCUGAAGAAAAAUUGGAGAAGUUUGAGGAAGGGGAGAAAAAGAAAAGGUUAAACGACUUGGAUGACAAGAUUUUGAAAGGAAAUGAGGGGACUUUCGAACUGAAGAAAGGUUGGGAAGUAUUGAGAGACAAACUGGAGAAAGAAAAAAAAGAGUUGAAGAAAAUAAGAAAUGGCUGGGAGGAGCAGGUGAAAUAUUUGCAAAUUAAAUUGGUAGAUUUUGACAAGGAAAAAGCUACUAGUUCAACGUUGAAAAAAAGAAAAUGGAUGGUUAAUAGUGCCAUGCGUCCAUCUGACUGGGAUUCUCAUUACUUUAUGGACCUAGAAAAUCUGAAUGGCCCUCUGUAUGAUAAUAUUCGAGGCGGUCAUUUUACAGUUCUAUUCGGGACACGAGCUUCUGGCAAAACUACGCGUGCUUUAUAUGCAAUUAAUCAGCUGGAACAAGAAGGAUUCGUUUGUAACUACCUUAGUUUUGAGCAAAUCAAUGCAAACAACUUUUGGGUGUCAUUCGGUCGAACUCUUAGUAGAAAUGGCGAUGAUCACUUCGACUCCUGUAGUUUUAUCGAUUCUUCUGAAAGCUUCCUCGAUUGUUUUAGUAAAAAAACUCAUGGUGACAAACUUCGUAUCGUUAUCUUCAUUGACGAGUUCGAUGGACUGUUCGAAGCGGAUGCACAAAUUCGCUCUGAGGUUCUGAAAGUCUUUCGUGGUAUUAGGAACAACAUUGCCUUUACAAUCCACUCUAUUGUUGCUAUCGGUACCUUUAGCAUCUUACAUAUUGACUCCGAUAUUGAUUCCGAAAGUACGUACUCUUUAUCAUCGUUUAAUAUAAGCGAAGCCAUUCAAAACAAAUAUUUCAUUCUGGAGCAAGUUGAAAGUCUGUUUAAUCAGUUUGCAGAAGAUUUAAAGAUAUCCAUAGACAAGGAAAUAAUUGAGGACAUCUACACAUUGACAGAUGGGCAUGCUGGGCUUGUUUGUCUCUGUGGACGCGUAAUCGAAAACAACCUGGUCAAAAGUCUAGAAGGGUCGAACCUGAAAUAUAAUAUAUGGAAACACUUCAGCGUCACAUCAUUGGUCUGGGAGGCUAUCACUUAUUCAACAUUUCGAAAAAUGGUCAAUACCCUUCUAAAAAAAAAUUCUAAGAGAGCCGUGGAUUACUUUCGUUCCUAUUUUAUGACAAAUAUUAACCCUAGAUACAUCUACGUUGUUGAAAAUGUCAAAUUGGCUGAAUUCCUUGCAGCUGAAGGAGUCUUAUUACCUUGUGAUGAACAUAAUAAGUUUAGGAUUGCUUCUCCUCUUAUACGCUGGAUGAUUCUUCAACGCGUUAUACCCAAGUGGUAUCCAUCUUGCCCAUCAGAAGAUAUUCCUUUCAAUUUGGAGGAUCCGGAGGCUUUGGACAUGUUAAACGUCUUGAAGCUUGCAAUUUAUAGCCAAAGUUCAAGUGAAUGCAACGAAUAA